ACAUUCUCUCUGGUGACCCGGAAGUACACCUCCGCUGAGUUUGUUUGGAUUAGCAUAAACAAUGCGGACCAAUGUUCGCUCCAAACAUAAACAAACUAAAACAGCUUUUACUGCCGCGUUUGUGUUCGUGUUUUAACGUCUUUACAAACAAUUUGACCCGCCACAGGAGCUGCAUUUGACCAGGGCAGAGCCGCAUUUGACCAGGACAGAGCUUUGAUUGAACCAGGCUAAUGCUGGUUAGCUUCAACACGUAGCACGACCAGAACCAGGAGGUAGCACAAUGGAUGUGAGCAUCGCCGUUUCACUGAUUCGGGGACAGAUGGGUGCUGUGGUGGAGCGAGCGGUCAAUGGAGCAGUGGAGACGGUCCUGGCUGAGAUGCUCAAAGUUGUUGGUGUGAAAUUUGAGGAGCUGAAAUCCCAAGUGGCGGUGAUGAAGAGAGACAUGGAAACUCUGCAGCGAGAGAAGGUCCUCAAGGAGAAGGAGAAUGACAACAUAAAAGCAAAACUGCGCUACACAGAACUUAAGCUGAAGUAUUAUCGACAGGGCGUAGAGGAGGAGCUACAGCAGCAUGUGUCUCUUUCACACCUUUAUACGCCCACAGGACAGGCCACAGGACAAAGAGCAGCUUCUUCUGGGUUUUCACAGUCAAACACAUCCCCCUCCUGCUCUGGGCAGACCAGAGCCAAAACCACAAGUACACCACCUCAGACCAGCGGGCGAGGACACUGUCCAUCAGAUGUGUGCGGAGCCAGUUCUAAUGCAUCAGGGAUAAUACUGUCUCUAAUGAGCACAUCUCCUGAGUGUCUGGACAACAGCACAGCACUGAAUCAAGAUUCUGCUGUAAAUAAUUCAGAAGAACAGAAGCUUGAUUGGACCAUCACUCUGCCAAACACUGAAGAAGGGGCCACACCAGGCUCCCAGGCCCCAUUUGAGUCAGAGCAGCAGUCGACAACAGGCUCAAGCACCUCUGAAGUUUCAGCUCAUGCCGAUAGUUCCACACUGCCCUGCUCCCCUCCACAGGUGAAGCAGGAGCCUCAUCAGGAUGAUGAGGUGAUUUAUAUCAAAGAAGAGCCAGAGGAGGAGCAAGAUGGGGCCUCCAUGUUUGAUUGCCACAUGCUCCCAGAUCUGGCACCAGAGUCAAAUGUUACGAGAAAUGGGGAAGAUUGGUCAGGACCACAGAUAAAUGUGAUAAAUGCAGCAAGAACGCCAUCUGGAUCGACCAUUUCAAUAAUGUCCCAGCUCGCUGCCUCCAUGCCGUCCUCUGUGUCAGCGUCUUCAUUCAGCUCCUUCACUCACCCUUGGUCUAGAAGAGCCCUUGGUUUACCUGAAGAAUACAAAAAACACAGAAAGGAGCAGCAGAGGCGAAGCUGGAUGAAAUGUAGAGAACUGGAGAAGACUCUUCCUCAACCACAACUGUCUGAAGUAUUGCGGGAGCGUCGUGAAAAGACCAGAUUAAGGGUUGCUAAAUGGAGAGCAAAGAAGAAACUCCAAGAAGCAAAGGCUCGAGGGGGCGCUGCAGGCACAUCUCAAAUACUAUUACCUGGACCUGGAGGAAACCAAAACCAGCAACUAGGAGCAGCCUGUGGUUCGGUGUCUGAUUUGCAGGAGCACACAGUUCAUCUUCACAACAACUUCUUCUGCAGUAACUCCUCAUACUCUGCAGUGUUCCCCAAAGGUCCCGGUGGAAGCUCAAACAUGGCUCAGCAAACUGUGACAUCGUCGUCUUCAUGUCCCCCCAUCCUCAUACCACAACAGAGCACUCCUCUGAAUGGUCUAGACAUUAUUGACUAAUAAUGACGCUACAGGUCACUUCUUUCACAUCUGAUGUUUACUGUUUACAGUCUGAUUCUCUCCAAACAAACUCUCUCCUAUGUCUAAAACAUAGUAUGUAGUAUGCACAUGUGCAUGUAUCCUUCAUAAACUUGUUUUUUAUUCCAAACUUUUAAAUGCAAACAAGCUAUAUUGUUAAAAUAAAUUAAACUGCAUGCUGAACACAGAUAUUUAUAAUUAUAAAUGUAUAACUGUAUAUAAAUAUUGCUGUCAGUUGAAUAAUAUUGUAUUUCAUAGUUUUGUGUUAUAUAUUUUUGUAUUUCACAUAUUAAGUGUUGACUCUUUAUGAGCUCAUACAUUAAAUCCACUGACUGAAUCUUUCCU